CCAUGAUUCCAUGUCGACCCAAAACCCACAAAGCAAAGAGAAUUCCAUCAUUCACUUCCACAAACUCAGCUUGCCUUUAGCUUUUGCGCCCAACAACGAAACAACCAAGCAAAAGAUGGAUCAAAAUGACAACUUGAUGAAAGUCCAAACCGUUCACAAAACCAACAACAUCAAGAACAGCCAUUUCCUCAAGAGGACUUUGAAACUUGUCAUCUCAAUCUCUCUGCUGUCUUUCGUUGUGUGUUAUUCCUCAGGAUACACUCUCCUCCCCCACUCCUUCAACGUCUGCUUCUCCACGGUGCUGUUUUCGAUCUUCACUCGCACCCUCGAGAGGAAGUUCAUGUUCCUUGUUUGCAAUGGGAUCUUAGCUUUCCUUGCCAAGAGCUCCUCCAGUUCUAGCAGCUCUUCACCAUCUAGGUCUGACCUUGAUGGUGAUGAUGAGUUGCACAAGAAACGAGACGGGUCGGCUUUCGAUGACUUACCUGAGGAGGAGAUCAAAGUUUCAGCUUCUGAAUCAUCUGAAGUUGACGCUGUGACUGCGGAAAAUGCUGCUACUACUGGGGAUAACGAAUACCGGGAAAACAAUAUGGUUCUUGCAGCUGAAGAAGAAGCAGAAGAAGAGGAGGAGGAGAAACUUCAAGACAAAGUAAAAGAUAAAGAGGAGCAAGAAGAGCAAAUGUUACAAGAAACCGAAUUUGCUAAUACAGCAAUAGAAGAAGCAGAAGAAGAAAAUGAAACUUGGGUCGUGGAAGAAGAUGGCAGCCUCAGCAAACAAGAAGAAGAAGAAGAACUAGAAGAAUGUGGCUACACGGGGGAAAAAACAGAAUCACCGGCCGUUGCUACAGGAAAUGAAGAGAUGAUGAGUAUAGAGGAGCUGAACAAAAAGGUUGAGGAAUUCAUUAGGAAGAUGAAAGAGGAGAUCAGGAUUGAAGCAAAAAGUCAGCUGAUUGCAGUGUGACUGUAAGACAAUCAUGUACAUGAUGAGCGAACUAGGCAAAUUCCAUCAAGGGUUUGUCUCACUUAGGGUGGAUGACGACCAAGCUCUCAUGUUUAUGUCUCUUUCAGCACUGCUAGUCCUGUCCUAGAUCAAAUAGCAGUUACAGUUUCAUAAA